UCAACAUUACAUGUCAAAGGAUGACACAAAUUAUCAGAGUCUUCAUUGUGGUAAUUUGGCUCAUAUAGCUUCUGUGAAACGUACUACAGCUCUGGCAAACAUCAUCAAGGAAUACAAUGAACAACAAACUCAACUAAACCUCAAGCCAAAAAUCUACUUGGCUUAUGUGGGUCUCGUUUAUAAUCGCACACGUUCGCAACGCUUUCAAAUGUUCAAUAUGGAUGACGAGAGUCUUGAAUGUUAUAAUUAUCGGGCCUGGGAACCUGGAAAUCCUAUUAUGAAAGCUGAACUGAGGAAUUCUAGCUGUGUGGCUCUUACGACGCAUGGCACUUGGCGGACAGUUGAUUGCAGAAGAAAGUUAAGCUUUUUUUGUGAAAUUCUUACUGAGUGUUUUGAUAAUUAA